UAAAUGGCAGCGAUGGUGUCUGCCUGUGUUUGUAUAAGCUACUUUUUAUUCUUGAGAGGCUUUCCAGUCUGAAAAAAAGAUUAUAUAAUUUGCACGAAAACAAAUAAAAUCUUUUCUUUUUCAAAAUAUCAAAAAUAUACUAAAUAGAUAACCAAUCAAAUCCUAACUUCAUCUCUAUUGUUUCUAAAACCCUCCCCCAAAAAAAAAUAAAAAAUAAAAAAUCCUCCUUUUAUUUCUUCCCCAGUUGUUCCCUUUUCCUUUUAAGAAUUUCUAUUGAUUGUAAUGGAGUCUGGAAACCGAUCCGUGUGGGAGACACCGUUGGUUCCUCCUUCACGGUCACUAGGAAGUUAUGUCCCUCAUCAUAGCCUAACAUCACCCCAAAAUCUUCUUGACAACAACCCUUUUGAUCAAAGCCUAGAAUCAGCCUUUUUUGGCCUCAGUUUAUCAACUCAAAAGAAUCCAGAACUAGAUUAUGGGUUUUCAAGAGGAGAAAAAGAGAGAAAGAAUGAGGGAUUGCAUGUGGGUUUUGAUGGGGUGAUGAGAGUGGGACCAUAUAGUGACUCUUGGAAUAGUUUAGUGCCUAGGUCGUAUCAGCUCCCCAAUUUAAAUGAAAACUGGUAUUUGUUUGAUUCAAGAAGGGAGCAUGUUUUCAAUGAAAUCUCAAUCUUACCCUUUUCCUAUCAAAAUCGAUUGGCUCCUCCUCUCACUGCUGCCGGUGCAGGCUGUUCAAGAAACAAGAAUGUAAUGAGAUCUAGCUUUAACAGUCAUAAUAAUGAUCAGAUUAGUAAUGGUUUUAGGAGGUCUCGUUGGUCACAUGAACCUCUGAAUUGUUUGAGUAUAGGGGAUUUGAGAGGCAGGUUCUUGUCUUUAGCAAAAGCUCAGCAUGGCUGUUGGUUUUUAGAAAGGGCUAUUGAUGAAGCUUCAAGAGAGGAAAUUGAUAUGAUUUUAAUGGAGGUUAUUGGGCAUGUUGAUGAGUUGAUGUUGGACCCUUUUGCCAAUUAUGUUGUUCAAAAACUAGUUGUCAUGUGUAAUGAGGAACAAAAGAGUCAAAUUAUUUUAAUGAUCGUCAAGGAUGGUUUUCGACUUGUUAACAUUUGUCUCAAUGUUCGUGGGACUCGUGCUGUACAGAAACUGUUGGAGAACCUUACUUCUCAACAGCAAAUCUCUUUAAUUAUGUCCGCCUUAACCACUUGCGUUGUUGCAUUGACUAAAGACAUAAAUGGUCAUCGUGUGAUCCAGUGUUGCUUGAAAGUUUUCUCUGAUCAAGAUAAUAAGUAUCUUCUGAAAGAGGUGGCGGAUAACUGUUAUCAAAUUGCAACAGACAAAAGUGGAUGUUGUGCAAUGCAGCAUUGUAUUGACCACUCUAAGGGAGAGGCAAAAGCCAAUCUAGUUCGAGAGAUUAUAGCAAACGCGCUUCACCUAGCUGAAGAUCGAUAUGGCAACUAUGUAGUGCAACAUGUACUGGGACUGAAAGAGCGACAAACAACAGAAAGUCUUCUAAGGCAGCUUGAAGGGAAUUACGCAUCCCUUUCCUGCAACAGGUAUGGAAGCAAUGUUGUUGAGAAGUGCUUGUUGGAAUCGGGAGAAGAACAAUCUACAAGAAUUAUAAAGGAGUUGCUUAGAAGUCCCAUCGGGUCAAGGCUUCUUGUGGAUCGAUUUGGAAACUAUGUUAUCCAAUCAGCUUUAUCAGUAUCUAAGGGCUUUGUUUACAAUGCUUUGCUGAAUCUGGUUUGGGUAAACUUUCCAAUGAUGCGCAACCAUGUUUACGGAAGAUGGAUACUUGCGUGGUUCAACAAGAGAAAGCCACCAUGCAACUAAGAAAAGCACAAACAUGAUUACAUGAAGAGAUGUCGUAAGAAGAGAGAUUUGAGAUCUUAGGCAUCUCAGUAAGAUACAAUUAUGAUUUUGUUUGAGUGUCGAGUCAAUGCGUCAUAAUGUAGGGUCGUUACAGUGUUUGUAGUUUAGUAUGUAGUUUUUUUGUUUCAGUUGAUGUGGAGAUAUUGAUAGCAGUGAUCGUGGAUGGCUGUGCAAUUGGAUACAAGAUUAACAUGCAUGAAAAGCUUGUGGUUUGUUGGUUUUUGUUGGUCAAACACUGUAUUUCUUUGUUGUAGGGCACUAAUUUACUUUUGGAUUAUUUAGCUUCGUUUUGUUAAAAUGUUCUUGUAAUUAUAU